UUGAUUGUAUACACCUGUGUCCAUGGAGGGGAUUGGAACACUGGAAUCACAUGAUUGGGAGGGGAUUGGAACACCUGAUUCACAUGAUAUGGAGGGGAUUGGAACACCUGAAUCACAUGAUUGGGAGGGGAUUGGAACACCUGAAUCACAUGAUUGGGAGGGGAUUGGAACACCUGAAUCACAUGAUUGGGAGGGGAUUGGAACACCUGAAUCACAUGAUUGGGAGGUGAUUAGAACACCUGAGUCACAUGAUUGGGAGGGGAUUGGAGCACCUGAAUCACAUGACUGGGAGGGGAUUGGAACACCUGAAUCACAUGAUAUGGAGGGGAUUGGAACACCUGAAUCACAUGAUAUGUAGGGGGGGUCAAUAC